CAACACUACUAUAUAACAAAUAAUUUGAGCUAGAAAUAUGAUCUGGAUAUCAGUGUUAGCACUUGUCUGCCUGGACAUUACUGCUGGAAAUGAAAUAGUCACUUGCACCAGCAUCAUCAAGCUGCAAAACAUUCAACGUGGUGUUCGACUUCAUUCUCAUGAAGUGAAAUAUGGAAGUGGUAGUGGACAACAGUCGGUUACAGGUGUGACUAAUGGAGACGAUGUGAACAGUUACUGGGUAAUCUUGAACGGGAGUAACAAACCGCAAUGUAAGCGUGGAGAAGAGAUACAGUGUGGUGAUGUGAUACGACUCAGACAUUUCACAACUCACCGCAAUCUGCACUCCCACACUUUUACUGCACCCAUGACUGGCAGUCAUCAGGAGGUAUCAGCGUUUGGUGAGGGUGGUUUAGGUGAUGACGGAGAUAACUGGCAAGUGAUCUGCUCUUCUGAGAUUUGGUAUAAAACCUCUCCCGUCAGACUGCGUCACGUGGUAACCUCCAAAUACCUCACCGUCCCGGGACAAACCUUCGGCCGACCCAUUGCUGGACAGUAUGAAGUUACUGCACACAGUGGUAUAUCAGAUGCGUCACUAUGGAAACCAGUAGAGGCGGUUAUGUUUCUACCUAACAAUGAAGAUAAUUCUGCUCACGAUGAAUUGUAACGUAUUAUAUAAUUCUUAUUUAGAACCGUCAAACUUACAAUAUUACUUUCAAAUCCCAAUGUAUUUGCUACUUUAUAAGUUAACUAGUCUGUAUAACUUAUGUGUUUAUAAGUUGAAUAGAUCAUUUGACUGAAUUUUAUACUCUUUCCCCCUACUCUCUCAAGUCAAGUGCGACAGUUAAUAUUGGUAUAAUUAAUAUAGUAUAGCAGUAGCUUUAUAAACUUUUGUUUUACGUCGGUGUGGUUCUAUAAAGAAUAGCUUAAAUUAUUUGUUUUCAACAAAAUUGUAGAUAUAUCAUAUUAUAGUAGUGGUUAUUAGUAGUAGUUUUAAAUUCGAAUUGGUACAUAUUGAAUAAGAAUGACUAAGUUUUGACUGUGUAUGCUAUGUGUAUGUAAUGUUCAGAAUUUUCGGGUUUCAGCUUUUCUUACCUUAACUGAUUGGAUUUACAGAUUAUU